GGCUGUUGAACUCUAAGCAUGCUGUGUAUAAGCAAGCAGACCCACAAGGCUUUCAAUGGGAGAAGGAUGAUUUGGUAUUUAAUGGAGAGAUUCCUUUAUGCCACAUGCUCUCUAUGAGUGCUAGGAUCGCAGCUCUCUGCAGUGUCAUCUGAGACCAUACAAGCUGGACACAAUGAUGGGGGACUCUCCAACAAAUGCCAUGGAUGGAGGCAUAGACGUAUGCUGCGAAGACACACAGACUGAACUGGCUGAGCGGGUGGCAGCCAUAGAUGUGGCCGUUGGCCCAGACAGAAGUGACCAAAGUGGUAAAAACAACACUGAAGAAAAUGACACAGUCUUUUCUGGUAACAUAAAAGACAUCCAAAGAAAUGGAGUCAAUAGUGACAGGGGAAUGAAUGAACUUCUGCCUUCCCAACGGUCAGAAGAUGCUCACUGGAGGCAUGUUCCCAAGAGACCUCUCACUAGACCUGUCCUAUCAAGUAGGAAGUUGUCUCUUCAAGAAAGAUCAUCUGGAGGUUAUUUGGCUUCUAGCAACACACCAGGUUAUGGUCCUUAUGCCACAGGGCCAUCGCCACGUAUAAUGAGGCGACCAACGAUAGAGUCCAAUCGGGUCUCCAUAUCAGAUUCUGAGGACUGCGUGCAAUUAAACCAGUACAAGCUGCAGAGCGAAAUAGGCAAGGGUUCCUACGGUGUUGUGAAACUGGCCUACAAUGAGAACGAUGACAAGUAUUACGCUAUGAAAGUCCUCUCCAAAAAGAAGCUCUUGAAGCAGUAUGGAUUUCCACGUCGGCCUCCUCCCAGAGGGUCCAAAGCAUCCUCCGGAGAGCAGCCAAAACCCAUGGCGCCACUGGACAGAGUCUAUCAGGAAAUAGCCAUCUUAAAGAAGCUGGACCAUGUCAACAUCGUUAAGCUGAUAGAGGUCCUUGAUGAUCCUGCGGAGGACAACUUGUACAUGGUGUUUGACCUCCUAAGGAAAGGGCCUGUCAUGGAGGUACCAAGUGACCAGCCCUUCAGCGAGGAGCAGGCUCGGCUCUACUUCCGAGACAUUGUCUUGGGCAUCGAGUACUUGCACUACCAGAAGAUCAUUCACCGGGACAUCAAGCCUUCCAACUUACUCUUAGGAGAUGAUGGGCAUGUCAAAAUUGCCGAUUUUGGAGUUAGCAAUCAAUUUGAAGGGAACGAUGCCCAGCUUUCCAGCACGGCAGGGACCCCAGCCUUCAUGGCACCAGAGGCCAUUUCAGACACUGGCAAAAGUUUCAGUGGAAAGGCACUUGAUGUAUGGGCCAUGGGAAUUACCCUGUACUGCUUUGUUUAUGGGAAGUGCCCUUUUAUAGAUGAAUAUAUUCUGGGUCUUCAUAACAGGAUCAAGAACAAGCCUGUAGAGUUCCCAGAAGAAGCACAGAUAUCUGAAGAGCUCAGGGAACUGAUCCUACGCAUGCUUGACAAAAAUCCAGAAACGAGGAUAACGGUCCCUGAAAUUAAGGUGCAUCCGUGGCUAACCAAGGGGGGCGAGGAGCCCCUGCCACUGGAAGAAGAGCACUGUACCGUGGUGGAGGUGACGGAGGAGGAGGUGAAGAACUCUGUGAAGAUGAUCCCGAGUUUGCCAGCCGUGAUCCUAGUGAAGGCCAUGCUAAGAAAACGCUCCUUUGGAAAUCCAUUUGAGGUUCAGACCAGGCGGGAGGAGAGGUCCAUGUCUGCUCCAGGGAACUUACUGAUAAAACAAGGGAGCAGAGAAGGAGCCAGGGACCCGGAGCUGCCCGAUGUGUGUGAAGACGAAGCUACGUCCUGAAGCUGCCUGGAUGCUGCAGGCUGGUCGCUCACGUGCUGCUGCUGUUGUACCCAUCGUGGUGUUGUCUGGCACACAUCUGCCCUCAUCGCCAAGUCCAGGGCCUGCAAAGCAAAAAAAAAAAAAAAUAGAACCCCCCCCCAGCCCCCCCCCCAGAACGGACCAACCCAGAAAUCCAGAGGGGAGGAACAGAGCAGCAGUAGGAGAGCAAGCCCUUGGGCAGCGCGGCUGGCAGACGGCUGGCUCGCCUCGUGGGCGGCUGUGUUCCUCGUGCGAGGUGUCCAUGUGCUCCUCCGUGUGUGCCUUGCUCUCCACUUGUGCUUCGUGUGUGGGCUUCGUAGUCGGGUGUCUUGGCCAACGAACGUGGUUUUAUUUGUAACGCAGCAAACCAAACGUCGUCUCGUGGGUCACUUGCCCCAGAGACUUUUGCCGUGCUAUUUUGCAUUCUCUGUUUCAAGCAUCGGGGCGGGGGGGAGGGAAUUACAUCAGAGCCAGGUUUUAUAUCAGAGGACAAUUGUUUUAUUUAAUGCAUAGGUAAAACACUUCUGUGUACCAGGACACAUCCCGCUCCUGUUGGAGUUGACAGCAAAACUUCUAUGGAUAUCAGCUAAAUGAGGAUGAGAUCUUCAUGAGGACUGUCACUCUCUAUGCCUUUUUUUGUUGUUGUUGUUCUUUUCUUCUUAUCCCUCAGACCUGCACAGUGUAAAUCCUGCCAGCAUCGAUGGCUUUAGCCAGGGCAGCGUCAUAAAACAGAAGAAUUACACAUUAUUCUCUGUAAUGUGCAAUAAGCCUUUGAACGCUGCGGAGAUCUGGAGCACUGGGAUAUGCUGUUACACAGAGAGGCUGAGUGCACCGAGGCCAGCAGCUAACCAGGUGUGCUCUUCCCAAAGCGCUGGCAUUCCCCUCCACCAGCUGCACCCGGUCCUGGGCGCGCGGACCUUGUUCUCGAAGCUGAAAAGUGGCAGGUUUUGGGUUUGUUUCAUUUAAGGGUGACUUCCUUUCCCUCACUCGUCUCUUAGCUCCUUUAAAAUUAUGUACCUGAUGCUUUUAAACUUUCAACUUCCUGAUAAACGACCCAAACUGGGAGAGCUUCAUAAGAUGGAAGAUGCUGGGUGGAGAGUUUCUAGGCUAAGGAAAGCUACAGAACACAAAUGAGAUCAAAACUUGAGUUUGGGGGGUUUUUUUUUUAAGGCUUUAAUUUUUAAUUUUAAGACCGUGAUUUUUAUGUAUGUGCUGAUGCUGCUAUUUUAUCCAUAGAUUGCUUCUAAACGUGGGAUUAGAAGCUUCAUCUCUACAGUUUGACAACAGGUGAGGGAUUGCACUUAAAAGGGCAAAUGCAGCCAUUUCAGUGGCUGUUGCCUAUAUGGACUCAGUGUAAUCAGGAAUUUCGCUCUUGCACUCAGAGUAAAAACCAGUGACAUCAAUCCAUCAAAACACCUGUCAAUAUUUUCCCUUGAGCUUUAUGGGGUUUGAGCACACCCCCGGGAAGCCAAGGGGAUUGGAUUCUUAUUUUAUAGUACUUAAAUAAAGGACACAAUUAAAUUUGGUUCCUACAUAAUCACCUUACUGUCGUCUUUUAGGUUAAUCCUGAGGGCUUGGAACUUUCAGACCCCUAAUUUUUUGUGCGAGGGGAUAUAUGUACGAGGACUGGUGGUAGCGACUGGUAUCCUGGUGUUCCCGUGCUGUUUACUGCAGCCUAGUUUGGUGGUUCCCAACGUUUUCCUAACUGGGCUUUGCUGCCACUGCCUUCUGCUCCCUCUCCGCAGCUGCCGCUUCCCCUUGCUGGUCUUCAGCCACCUCGGUGGGAUGCCCAGAAGCAGUCGCCAGCCUGGGCUCUGCCCUGCAUCCCACCUGUAAAUAUUGGCGGAUUGGGAAAUAGUAUUGCAGCUAAUGUAUUUUAUUAAGGAGCCCUUUAAUUUUUAAAGCAGGCAAAGGGAUUGUAUCCUGUAAGGGUUACUGCUCUGGGCCUGUGCUCUGCGUCGCUCGCAUCCAGAUGGUAAAUCCUGCCUGCGUCUGUGUGUCUGCCCACACCGAGCGCGCGCUCCGCAUCCUCCGAUGGCCUGCGGAUCUGCUUUAGCCGCAUACCGCGAUGCGUCCCGCGAGUUGGUGUGCCUGGGCGCGUUGGGAACCCGGUGAAAGGGAGUGAAAUGGAGAGGGGGACUUGGCAAGGCUGAGAUUGCAGGGGGGUGGUCUGCAAAUGCGGGAGGAGGGACUGGCCAGGAGGGGAUGGUCUCUGUGUGGGGAGCGGGAGCAAGCAGCUGGGCUGCAAACUGGUCUGUGUGGGGACACAGCGCUGGUGUGCCACCAGGUCCUGCUGUGCACCAGGGGCCGAGCUGAGCAGCCCCGGGGAAACGGUAGGAGCAAACUGUCCUCUGGCUUGCGGAAAAACCGGGUUCCCUGCAGCUGCUGUCCCCAGGGCUGGCCGUGGCGGAGCUCUGCUGCAGCAGGGCCAGGCUGCCGGCAGCGGGGAGGAGGGCUGCGAUGCUGGGUGAGCCCCUAGCCUGCACAGAGGGGUGCCCUCGGGACAAGGACAUGUCUCAGGAAGUCGCCUUACCCCUGGGAAAAAGGGAGUGCUGGUAAUCCUGAUCCCCAUGGCUCUUCUGAGGUCUAAGCAAUACUUGAGUGGUGCUUGAAGAGCUCCGAGACUGCAAAUGUGGGGUUAUUUAUUGUAUUUUUAAUAUAUGGAAAGAAUAAUUUAGGAAUUGGGAGACACUUUGCUAAUCCAGCCGGUUGUUGGGGUUAUUCUAGUAAUGCCCGAGGGAGUGGGAGCUAGUGAGGCAAGGCUGCAGGAAAGCUGCUCUCAGCCUCAAUUAAUGCAACCAAACAAAUGAUCAUUUACAAAUUAGCUUUGUCAUCUUCCUUUAGUGGUAGCUAGGGUGUCACUUCAAUUUUGGAGAGGAAUGGGUGGUUUUUUGAUUAUCCUAAAACCUACUUUGAAAAAAUUUGCCCUUUUCACUGAAGGAAAUCCUUCUGGAGCUGUUUCUAUGGGUCCAGGCAGCAACCAGCAUUGUGCAGCUGAGCUUGUGUCAUACGUAGUUCCUCCAGUGAAUCUGCCAGCCUUGUGGGUCUUUCCUUUAUACCUCCAGAAACCAUCCGUAUCAUGUCGCAGACGGCAGCCUCAAAACUUGUACGAAAUGAAAAGAAAAAGGUGCAGCAAGAGAAACAUAUUUAUUCAAAGGCUUGGUAGGACUCCUGCAAAAAUAUGCUCUAUUUCUCACUUCUCUGAAAUGAAAUCCUUGCUUGUAUGUGCAUGUUAGGGCAGCUUGGAGCAACACUAUUUCUGCUCUGAAGAAAGGAAGAGACUAAAAAGAUGGUAUUUAUUUUAAAAAAUAAACGUCUCCAGCAAACCAACCCUUUUGUCUAUUCCAGAAAGUCAUCUCUUUAGCUGGAUGACUAAAUUUGUCUCACUUCUCUCUGUGAAGAGGGGAUGGGGUUCGGCAUGGGAGGGCUCCUCCGAGCAGCGAGCAGAGCUGGCGUAGGCGUGCUCUGAUGCUUUUGUACGUACUCUGUAUUUUCCUCGCUUGCCUGUGCUGUUCCUGGAGCACGGGCAUCCUGCGAGAAGAGAUCCCGGGAUGCUCUGAACUGCGUUAGCUGGGCUCUGCAUCCCAGGAGGGCUCCUCUUUCCCCCGCCAUGUCAUGGCACAGUUGGCUUUGGUCUGCCCUGGUUGGCUUUUCCAGCUCGGGGACCUUGAAGGAAAUUUCUCUUUUGAGGAAACUGCAUGUCUUUUUGAUCUCCAGGAGGUAGAUUUCUCUCUGUCUUGCUCAGUUAAUACCUCUAGGCCUUCAGUAUGGGAGGUAGUGCUACAUAAAAAUCCUGGUUUAGCCUGGCUUGGAGGAAAACUGCAGUGAAUACCUUUAACCCUUUGGGCAGGAAUCCAUUGCUGUGAAUGUCACAUUUGCAAAUAAAUGAGAUUUUCAGCUCUUCAGUCAUGUAUUGCAGCACGUGAAUGGAUGCAUGGAGAACAACACGUGGCAUUUAUAAAGCCACCUUCUCCAGCUGUGCUCGUGCAGGGGCUCUGCUUUGGGCAGUGGUUCCCAGUGAGGUGUCCAUGAGAAACUGCAGCGUGGGGUAGCUGCCAGUAAAGCCAGUAACUCACGUUCAAGAGAAACUAAAUCACCUGCAGCAGUAAGUGUGACUGGGCUGUGAUUUUUUUUUUUAUUUUUAUUCUUUCAGUGCCUUGAGACACAAGAAGCAAGCCGCACAGCAAAAGAGUGGGCUUUCUGAAAGACCAAGUGCUACACGUCUUCGACGUGUUUUAUUGUCAUUUUGAGGGUGGGUAAGUCAGGCCUGUCCUCUGCUGGUCACGGCGGUGUCAGUUAUGCAUCUUGUUCGUGUCAUAUCUGAGGCCAACAUCUCCUGUCCAGAUGGUGCUUUGCUUUUUGCAUGUUGCAGGUUAGAGACAUCUUUGGGUUUCUAAGCUGAAGGUGCACCUGGAGGGAGCGGUGCAGUUCAGCUGCGGGUGCAGCCACGCCGUGCGCUGGCAGUGGCUCCUGCCUCGGGCACAGCACGGGCUGCUGCCCUUCUCCACUGCAGAGAGAGGUUGGGGCAGGGGUGGAGAUGGAAAAUGUGGCAGCUUUAGGUAUCUUCUCUUUGCGUGUCCCCUGUGAUACACCAUAGGGGGGCACCUGACAAGUACAGGGUCUCUGGCAAGCCUAGCAGGCUCCUGCUGCUGUGCCCCGCUCUGUGCCUGCAUGUGCCCUUCAGCAGGUCUUCAUCUCCCCUGCUGUGUGCAAGAAUUUGGUCCCCGAGGCAAGGAAAAUGGUGCAAAACUCGCUUGAGGCUAAACGCGCCCCCAGCUCCUUGCAGCGUGGCAUUGCUAACCCAAGCUGUGCUGUUCGGGGGGUCCUAGGGAGAGUGGUUUGACAAAUGCUGGCUGGGAAAAUAUUCCUGGGGAAUAAAACGGCGAAGGCAGGAGCAGCUGGUGGUUGGGCAGCAUCAGGGUCGGUCAUGGGAAAGCCGAUUUUGCAUAUGGCCGCAACCGAAGGGAGCCUGGUGGGGGAACGGCGCAGCUGCUCUAUGCAAAAUGAAUUGCAGCUCAGUGAAAUGACUCCCAGGAUGGGGUUUAAUUCCUUAUUUAUUGCCAGACUUGGGUGGGGGGAGCUGGUGGGAGGAGUUUUAUGUUCCUUCAGCAUGGCUCCGUAUCCUGAAGCCAUCAGCAGUGCUGCAGCAGGGACUGAAGGAGGUAUUUUUCCCAUUUCUGUGGUGUGUGACAGGGGGAGCUCUUUUGCUCUCACCAACUCAGUGCUUUUGCUCUCAAAUCUUGUCCAAGAAAAGCAGGAGCUUUGUCCCGCCAGCCCAGGGGCUUCACCCCAGCACCCUGGAGGCCCAGGCUCUCUCUAAGGCUGCCCUUGCUCGGGCUCAGAGCCCCUCAUCCCCCGCCAGCUGCCGCGAGCAGCAUCCCAUAGCUGGGGCUUUGGGCUUUUUCACACCAAGCAGCGUAACCAGGUACGUGAGAAGCUGUUGCAUGGUUGCAAGUUAUCAUUUGAUGGCGCAGCUAAUGCAAGAGCUUCAGACCAAACACAGCAAGGAUUGUUGUCUCUCCAGUGUUGUCUCUAGGCAGACAGGCUGUGCACGUUAAAAGGAUCGUUUAUGGUCUGGGACACCUUCAUCAGUGAUUUCCAGGCAUUGAGCCCACACCUUCAGUGUUUUGCUGGCUGCUCAGUAUUGUUCUACAACAAAAGGUGGCCCGUCUUUGGGAAGGCGACCUCGCCUUUGUGUUGGGAUAGCAGGAAAGGCAGGCUCCUUUCUGCCCCGAGGGGACGGGGGUCUCAGUAAAUGUAAAAAUGUUUCCAAAGGAAGGAGUGUGCUGCAGUGCUGGGGGGUCCUGCUGAGAGCAUGAGCACGUCAGGUGUCCCGCAGGAAUACUGGAGACUGGAAAGCAGGUGGUGGGCUUUUUGUGUUUGGGUACCAAACUUCUCCGCUUUACCAGGGCACGUUUACAGUGUUGUCUGAGCAAAGCAGUGCAAGGGAUUUGUUUUCUGGCCCAGAGCCUCCUGCAGAAGACCAUGCCCUGAUCAGGUCCCUCCCAGCCUGAAUUAACCUGGACUAUCCCAUGGCCCUGUUACUCUGAACACAGCCUUCCAUGGGACGAGGGAAGGAGGGGAGCUCAAGAGUCGCUGCCUUUCACCUUCCCUUCCUGAAGAAAAGCCAUGUAUGCUCAGAGUUGCUGCUAGUGGUCACCUAGGCCUUCAGUCAGUAACCACAAGCCAUCAGUCAGUGUUCCAAGAAAAUAGUGUAAAUUCAAGAAAAAAUAAAUUGCUACUUUUGAGGAUAUAAUUCGGAUCCUCUGUGCCGUAAUUUUGCUGCUGUUUCUGAUUUAUAGGCCUGUUCUGUAAGUCUCUUGUUAUACUUGAUGUUAAAUAUAUGACUCUAUAUGUACUCUGCUAUAAUUUAAGCAUGAUGUAUAUGCACUCAGUGCUGUAAUGGCAUGUGGCCGUUACACUGUAAAUAUGUACCAUGAAUAGAGAUGCUAUUUUUUGCAUGCUUUUGUACUCUAGAACUGAAGAGAAAAAGUCAAUAAAGUCCACAGAAACGAC